AUGUCCACUUCACUCUCACCUGAGCGCCCGAAGGCACAACCAAAUAGGCACAACAGCAACAUCAGCGGCAGCAGCAUUAACCAAGCGGCCGCAACAAGAGGGGCACGUGGAGGUGCGGGGUCAGGCGCCGGGGCGCUAUUGCGAGCGUGGUUGGCAGGUCAUCAAGAGCGUCCCUAUCCAACCCGAGCAGAGAAGGCGGCUCUAGCCUUCGCCACUCACCUAUCUCUCGCUCAGAUCUCCACCUGGUUCGCCAACGCACGACGUCGACUCAGGAAGGAAGAGAGGUUGGCAAAGUUGGAAGUAGGACGAGGGAAGAAGACGACCGCAACAAUAAAUACGGCUCCACUUCUAUAA